GUGAGGUUUCUUUAGUAGAGCGAGCUUUUCUCUGAGUUUGAAAAGAACGACCCCCUGUCUCCUUUUAAUACAUGGUUAUAUUGUAGACGCAUCAGACCUUCUCCUGGAGAAAAGUGUUUGAGAUUGAAAGGUGGCUCUCCAGCUCUCCAUUGCCGUCUCGGGCACAGACAAGCCUUGUCCAGUUCCCAGGGGAAACUGUACAUGUGAAACUGUGGAGACUCAAGAUGGGCACUGUCCACUUUGCACCUGCAAGCCAAAUGUUACGGACACAGUGUGUUUAUUACGGGUUGACGGCGGCUGGUCAGCCUGGAACUGGAGCGCCCCCAGCUGCAGCUGUGGUGUGGGGUACUGGACCAGCUCUCGCACCUGCGACAACCCCGUCCCCAGGAACAACGGGACGCUGUGCCAGGGGCCUCUAUGGGACAUACAAUCAUGCUGCGAGGGUGUGUUUGACUGUGACUUUGAGACAGACCUGUGCAGCUGGAUGCAGGACUCGGAGGAUGACUUUGACUGGACAAGGCAUAAGGGAUCCACAGAUACUGGCAACACAGGACCACCCUAUGACCACACCAUGGGGGGUUGUCAAAUAGCAGACUACAUUCGUUUUACUGGAGUUUGCUACAAGAGCUUUAUGGAGCUGAAGACACGUGAAGGGGCUAAGGAGACCUGUGCAGCAGACGGGGGGAUUUUGGCCAUGCCAAAAAACAGUGCGACCAGCACUUUUCUUGUCAAUCUACUCGAAGUAGUAGAUAGUCCCUGGGUAGGGCUGACAGCCAACAGUGACGGCCAGUGGGUAUUUGAAGAUGGCCAAAACGUGACUUCAUCCGGCUAUUCCAACUGGUACCCUGGUGAACCAAAUGGUCCAAGCGGCUGUGUCAGUUUCAGGGGGACUGGGUCCACAUGGGACGAAGAAGACUGCAACAACCUCAGGGGAUUCAUCUGUCAGCUAAAUGAAGGUGUCAAUGUCGCCCUGGGGAAGACAGCGAACCAGACAAGCACCUCGUAUGAUAGGCCUGCUCACCUGGCCGUAGACGGGAACACCAACCCCAACUGGGACGCUGGUUCCUGUAUACACACCAACUGGGAAUCUCAUCCCAGCUGGUGGGUGGAUCUUGGCCAGUCGUAUGUGGUUAUCAGAGUGGAGAUCUUUAACCGCCUGGACUACUGGAGGGAACAGCUCAACCCCUUCAACAUCCACAUCGGCGAUUCCGACCAGGUCAUCGAAAACCGCAAGUGUGGUGGUGAUCAUCAAAUCGACCUAAGUCAGCAGUCCAUUUCCGUCUCAUGUCCGGGGAUGAAGGGACGAUAUGUAGGCAUCCGCCUCGCAUCCCCUAGCACCCAAAUACUGACCAUUAGUGAAGUCCAAGUAUUUGCUGAGACUCCAUGGCUGAAGCAGAAUUCAUCAUGGGUUGUGGAGGACAACGGAGAUGCCACAAAAGCUUUGGAUGGAGACGAAGGGACCUUCUGGAAUCCCCUGGUCAACUGGUACAUCAUACUGGACCUCGCAGCGCCCCAAACUCUGGCCCGCAUCGCGGUCAACAACUAUGGAGAUGUCACCCACGACAUCGCAACCUUCACCCUGCAGAUAUCGCGAAUUGAAAGUCCGUACAACUGGGAGGAUGUCGUGACCGUCGAUAAUGUGCUGGGAGGGACGGCCCAGCGCCAGGAGUUCGGCGGUUUCCAGGGAACAGCGCGGUACUGGAAGUUCGUGGUCACUCAAACCCACGGAGGCUGGCAGCCACAUCUAAGAGAACUGUACUUAUACAGAAACUCAUUCGACGAAAGCGGCCAUUACAUGUACAUCGAGACAUCUUCCCCACGAGUUGCCGGUGACAGGGCACUCCUGUACAGCCCCACGGUAACCACUGCCUGUACAAUGUACCUGCACUUCUGGUACCACAUGUACGGCAGCGCCAUCGAGACGUUGAACGUGUAUGUACGGACGGACUCUUCUCCUCCAGCAGUCCCCGUCUUCACCCGGACAGGCGAGCAGGGCAACCAGUGGCUCAGUGCUGAAGUUGAGAUCGGCAUCACUGGCAGUUAUCAUGUGGUGAUAGAGGGAAUCAGUGGAUCAGACAUUACUGGGGAGAUUGCACUGGAUGACAUCAUAUUGGAAACGGGUCAUUGCACAACAGGUGGCUGCCAAAGUGGACCAUGUCAAAACUACGGGACUUGUGUUGAAGAUGCAUCAAUUUCAACAGGAUAUGCUUGCCUCUGUCUGGAUGGAUGGGAAGGGGAAAACUGUACCCAGGAUGUAGAUGAGUGUCAGAGCAGUCCCUGUGGCCCUGGUGCCUGCCAUGACCGGCUCAACGGUUACCUCUGUCAGUGUCCCUGGGGCUACACGGGAACCCACUGCGAAGAACCAGAUGAUUUGCAAGUUACUUGUUCAAGACUUGGAGUCUGUGAGAACACCGCACCAGACGAGAAUACUGCAGGCAGCUGUAUGGUGUACGCCUCCAUGGUGGAAGGGAUUCGGAGGUAUGAUGGACGCAUUCGUCUCGGCUACCAUGCAGAAAACAUGUUCCGAGGUGAGGUUGACCUGACGGGCUGCCCCGGUGGUGUCAUCACCAGGUACCAGUGGUACGUUCUCAAGGAAGUGCUGAGUGGUGGAGCCACUCUGUACAAGCCAAAUUUGAACAUAAAGGCUGACGAGGAGGACUUGGUGCUACCCAGCCGGUCACUACAGCCUUGGAAGUACAUGAUUCAGUUCCAAGUCAUUGUGCAAGACAGCUCAACUGACACAAAAGUGUAUUCGGUGGCACAAACAUGGGUCGAAGUUUUUGCGUUGCCGUUGGGGGUAACACUGGGGCCGGCGCUUGUCACCCGUUAUGCUCACGAUGACAUCUGGGUGAGUGCAGAGGGGUCUUGGGACCCAGAGGGUUUAUCCGACCCGUCUAUGUGGCAGUACACGUGGACAUGCAACCAGACACGUGGCGGAGCUGUUGAAGACUGUGCUGCAGUAGAGACCGACAGUCGACCAGGAGUGCUGUACUUAGGGAACAGUCUGCCGGCGAAUACGACAUUCAGGGUCACGGUCGUGGCCUCCCAUCCGGGGAGGGGUGAGGUCUCUGCGUCUCAGACAAUAGCCCUCCAUGAUAAUGCAGCUUGUCAAUUAUCCAUCGUGUGUACCAGGAACUGUGACCAGACCAGCCUGGACCCGAUGGCCCCUCUCCUGCUCCAGGCUGUCCCUGGAACGAACACUACCGCCAUGUACCAGUGGUCAGUUGUGGGGUCCCCAGAGGCCUAUACAGGCCUACCGUCCACAAAAGAUGUGACCAGGGAAAUGCUUCUUGUGGAAGCGAACACAUUUAAAGCUGGGGAAAGCUACAUCAUACGUUUAGUCAACCACAUCCAAGAUUGCAGCACUGAAGGUGCAGUUUCAACAUGGGCAUUUCGAGUGAGACCGGGCCCCAGCCUUGGUAGCAAUAGCGCUAAUUGUAGUAUACACCGCAACGAUUCGACUGGCUGCAUCUGUUGUGAAGGUUUGUAA